AUGUCUGCUAUUGCCGCUCAUCCGGUUGUGAAGAAAGUUGCAAAGGCGAAAAAAGCUCCUGCAAACCAUCCACCCUACGGUGAUAUGAUCAAGCAUGCUGUAAAGGAAUUGAAGGAACGCAACGGCUCGAGCCGUCAGGCUAUCACGAAAUUCAUCAAGGCUCACUACAAGGUAGAUGAGAAAGCCGAGAACCACAUCCGCCGGGCGUUGGUUGCGGCCGUGAAAUCGGGCAAACUGGUGCACACGAAGGGUAUUGGUGCAUCCGGUUCGUUCAAGCUGGCCGAGAAGGCGAUGAAAGCAAAAGCUGCUCAUCCGAAGGCGGUAAAGAAGCCGAAGACACCGAAGAAGACAGUGAAGAAGGUGAGGACCGUCACGCCGAAGGCUGCUGGUGCUAAGAAGCCUAAAUCAGUGAAACCGAAGACUCCAAAGAAAGCCAAGACUCCAAAGAAGCCUAAGUCUGUCAAACCCAAGAAACCGAUUGCGAAGAAGACUCCCAAGAAGGCGGUUGUGAAGAAGUAA